AUGGCUAUUAUCGAGAUUGAACUUUUCUGGCAAGCCUCAGCCAAAGUCAUGGCGGGCUGCCAAUUACUCGCCCAGAUCCUCCGAGACGUGGAGGAACGAGAAGUGUUUACCAACAAACUAGGGUUUCUCCUAGAAGACCUAAUGGAACUGCAAGAGACCGUAUCCAGAAAGGCAGCCGAGAUUCCAGGGAACAAGACUCUGGUUCGUCAGGACAUUCUUCAAAACCGGAUCUGGCAGGUCGAAGAUGUUCUCCACGGCAUGCUCCUUGGACAAGAGCGGACUGCGGUAGAUUUAUUGAUCCGCCCUCUCUUUGCCCAGCAGCUUGAGAGAGCGUACGAUAUUCUGGAUGGGAUUAUGGUGUCAUCAUCACAACGGCUCGGCUUGGAGCUUGGUCCGACUAAAUAUCUUGCUGUGGCACGUAUAGAAUGGGCUUUGAGGAUUCAAGUUGGUGAGCUAGAUGUACCUUGGUGA